GAUUCGAAGAUUCUGACCUGGCGCUGAAGAUUCAUCCCUUGCGAACCUUGCUGGUUGGCAACAGCCAAUGGCUGGGCAGCCAUGCGCCAUCCUCCCGCCCCAACUGUUUAGGGAAUGGUGUCCCUUCUUCCUUGACGUGCUUUCAUUCCUGGAAAGUGGUCAACGGAAGCAGCGCUCAUCUUUCGCCACCAGCUGUGGUGGCAUCCGAGAAUUCUUUGUUGAUUGCAUCGGGGAUUAGAAAGGCGCACGUGUCUUGGGGAAAGGCUUUGGGCGGCCGGUUUGGGUAGGUGGGGAGCUGGUGGAAGAAGGAAGGAUCGUAGCAGUCAAGAUUGAAACGCACCGGGUGGGAAUGGUUGGCAGGCGGGUGUGAGCGGAUGUUUGACAAGUAGACUUUGGCGUAGCUGUGGUGCUCAAUCAGCACUCAUCUGUGAGAAUUUGACAGAGGAGGUCGAAGCUUGAAGUUUUUUAGGACGUCAGCUGUGCACUUGGUGACCCGUCGAGGGUAGAGCUUGAUUUCCAAGUAUUGAUACAGAAGCUGGGUGCGCAUUCAGGGUUCCUGCUUGCAAGGGUUUCAAGGCUUUGCAGGGGCCUCUUGAGUACAAUGCUCAGCCAUCUUAGCUGAGGCAACAGUCCACCAUUACCUGUCCUUUGAUCCCAGCGACUUGUUGAAUAAGGAGUCUUUAGACGACUGUACAGCGAGCUUUGGUGUAGGCUCAUCAUUUGGUUUCUUUUCGCUAGUCAAUGGCAAUAAUGCACGCAGAGGCAUAGUUCAUAUCGGCUCGUUACAACGCAAUAACGGUUCCUUACGCAUCUUGGUCACCCUCCUAGAUGCCACCCUUUCGAGAGACCUCGGCCACCUUCCAGAUGGCCAGUGCCGUCCCCUGGAAAAGCGAGGGCAUUGCCAUUCCUGCAUCCAAUUCCUUGCGGAUUACCAGGAAGGUGGAGUGGGAGGCUGGGGAAGAAGCUCAUGAGCCUGAGUUGGAGGAUGCUCUAUCCGCCAACUCGAGCGGCAGCAGCCCCAGAAGAAUUGGGGAUCCUGCGGUGGGGUCUCUUCCGAAGCGUGCGCGGUUGGCGUGCAAGGACCGCGUAGGGAAGCUGGUUAUCUCAGGAAGUGUUCCCAACCAGGGUUUCAUGCACUUGGCGAGGUCAGCACCGGCGCCAGUGAUCGGCGCCGCCGUUUCCGCUCAGUUCAGCAGCAGUCCGUUUGCCAGGCUGACUCUCCAGCCGGGGUCGGUGUCAAAUGGAGCCAGUUUGCACCGCCUGAGAGGAGUCCCUGCUCACAGUGUGGACAGGACGCUUGUUAGCGAAGAAGGGAAGGAGCCGUUGGACCGAGAGCCAGGGUACUCUUCCAAGUCGUCGGACGACGGGUUUAGGGCGGGGUUCAGCGUGGAUCCUGACAUGGAGUCUGAUGCUGAGAGCAGCUUCUGGCCGGCAGAGCGGAUGGAAGGGGUGUAUAAGCCAAGCAAUGGGGUGGCAACGGAGAAGAGUUUGGUUGCGGUCCUCGACCAAGGGACAGAAUUGAAAGAAGAAGCGUCGGUGGAUGAGAGGACGGAUGUCAUUGGACGCAUGUCUGAGGCCGCAAGUGAAGCUUCCUUCCGCCCCUCCGUGCUCUACUUCGCCGUCCUGGCCAUGGACCUCUGCCUGGCAACGAUGUGGCGCCCCCUGGGCCAGAAGAACGUCAACCGCGCGCGGGGACUUGGCUUCACCUGCCUAUAUCUUGCCGCCGCUCAGCUGGGGGCCCCCAUCCCCCUGGAAAAGUUCUGUUCGCUUUCGGCGGUACAGGAGAGCUGGGUUGGGGCGCCGAUGAUCCGGCAGCAGCAGCAGGAGGUGAUGAGUUUGUUGGACGUGGGGGGGCAGGCGAGCGGGCUGGACGUGGGAGAGCUGUGGGGGAAGCUAGUGCGCGCUACCGGAAAGGCAUCGGAGGCUGUGUAUAUGGCGGAGUUUGUGUCGCUUCUGGCGGGGUCCGAGUAUUCGGUGGACCAUUUCACCAUGGAUAUGAUUACCUUCUCGUCUGACAUCCUGGAUGCGUCGGGCGACACAACUGUCAAGAGUCAAGCGAAGGUCUUGGCAGACGUUCUGUGCCCGGAGGUUCCUUGCCCGAAGCCUGCAACAACGGAGCAGAAGGACAGCCUAAGCGGCGGGUUUGUUUUUGGAGCCGUUCUCCCCGCCCUCAAGAGCCCCUCGAAGCCGCACUGCCGUGCCCAGGCGGGGCCGGUUACCGCAUUCAAAAGCGGGUCUCAAAGGCUGGUUAAGUGGAGGUAGUUACUUAACCGCAACGGGGGGGCCGCAGACUCUCUGCUUUUGAGGGGCGAAUUGCCGCCUCGAAAGGAGUUCUUGCAUCACUCGUGAGGGGGUGUUUGAGCGAGCGAGGGUGUGUCCGAAUGAGGCCAAUAAGUAGUCAUAGGGAGCUGCAACGUGCGAGCGGGGCGUCCUGAUCGGUGGUGUUUGAGACGGGGAGUCGUUUGUGUACAUACGUGGUGCGCGGUCGGUGUGAAGCGGGCAGUGGCGAAGAACAGGCUGGCAGUCGUGUUGCUAGUUGUACUCUAGGUCUUAAGAAAAUGGAGACGAGACGUUUCUUUCCACGGCUACUAGUUGUAUCAGCUACAUGGUGCCUCCGAGGUUCGUAAUGAGAAGCCGUGGCCCCACGUCUGUAGCGAGGACCGGCUGCCAAGGUGUAAAUUAGUAGUAUCAAACCUGGACCCUAGCAUAGGUGGUCCCAAUCCUGCCUUGGGGCCUGAGGAGCCCUUGAAAGAUCCUGAUUCUGUUGACGAUCUCAAAUUGAAACAUUCUUUGAUGAAACAAGAACUGAAGACUCCAGUCAGUAAUCACUUAUCUGUCGCUGCUUCACAAGAGCUUUUAAGCUUUACAGUCCUCUUCAAAG